GAAUUAUUCGUAUAAUUACUUAUAGUGCGCUUUUCCUUUGGCAUUUAAUGUGGAAUCCUCUGCAUGGUCUGCACUAGUAAAACACGAAUAAAUAUUUCUCGAGAAUAUCAUGAAGGCCGUAUUAAUAUUAGCAGUCCUUGCUUGUGCCUUGGCGCUGUCCUAUGGCGACUUGAUCUGCGGCUCGAACUACUGUAAACAAAACCCGUGCACGGCCCCUAUCACUUCCUCUACUUGCCGUCCACCAUCUACUUACCGCCAAAACCACGCUGGCAUGUGCGCUUGCUGUCCAGCCUGUGUUACUUUGCUCUCCGAAGGAGCUGCUUGCAAGGUUUAUAGCAAGGAAUUGGGAGAAACUCCCUCAGCAGUCUGCAAGGAACCACUCAAGUGUCUUAAAGGCGUUUGUACGAAAGUCACUCCUAGAGGAUAAAUUCUAAUUUAUAAGUGAAACGGCUUAAUAUAUAUGAAUGUUUAAAUUUGAACAAAUAUUAUUUUUGUAUGUUUAUUUCAACUAAGUUUAUGUCACUAUAGAUAUAAUUAAAAAAUUUGUUUUAUUUAUAAUAUCCUAUGUCAGUUUUUAAACGGUUAGAUAAAAAGAUUUGUCGCAUAUAAACCACCAGUCUAGACAUAUUAUGCACAUAAUGUUAUUUAAUAGUUUGCUUAUUUUAACGUUUUGCUAAAAAACUCACACGAUAUAUUUUUAUAGAUUCUACGACUUUACAUAUUCUUAGGUGAUAAAACAGACACGAAUUUUUGCUAUAAAUAGUUUUUUACGCUUUCGUGUUAAUUUAAAAAAUUAACUAAAUAAAUUCGG